CAUACACAUCUGUUCCUCAUACGAGAGGGAUGGAGCAAAAGUGAAUUGUUUGGAAACCAAAAAAGGAAUGUACUGCUGAAUGCAUUGUAGAAACCCUAAAUUUAUCCAUUUUCAUGCUCUAACUAGCUUCCCUAGCCCUACAUUUCACUCCUAUAUAUCUUCCUCUCUAUCAAAACCCUAAUGAAUCCUUUUUCAUGUGCAAUAUCUAUUGAUAUUGAUAAUCACUGAUUAAUACAUCAAGACUUUGUCAAAUCGAUCAUUGUUUCCAUUCGUGUGAUCAUGAACUUUGAAGUGCAAGCUGAGAGGGUGGCAAGCAUGGAUCCGCCUGUUCAAACAGCUCCUUCGGAUCAACAUCUUUGCUACGUUCGUUGCAACUUUUGCAAUACCCUUCUUGCGGUAGGAAUACCAUGCAAGAGACUUCUGGAUACAGUCACAGUGAAAUGUGGGCAUUGUAGUAAUUUGUCGUUUCUCACCAUUAGACCUUCUCCUCCAGAUCAUCUUCUUCAACCUCCUCCCCUUCCUCCUUUUCAGUCUGCUUUCUCUGGUGAUCUCAAAAGGGGCCAAUCUUCAUCUUCUUCGUCAUCUACAUCAAACGAGCCCACAUCCCCAAAAGCUCCAUUUGUCGUAAAACCACCUGAGAAGAAACACAGGCUCCCAUCUGCUUACAAUCGAUUCAUGAAAGAGGAAAUACAACGCAUCAAAGCUUCGAAUCCUCAAAUACCUCAUCGAGAAGCUUUCAGCACCGCAGCAAAAAAUUGGGCUGGGCAUAUACCGAAUGGAUCCAUCUCUGGAAGCAUCAAUACCGGUUUUGAUCUUUCAGGAUUGAAGUAGCAAGGUAGACUUUAUUUCGAAGCUAUAUGAUAUGACGCUUAAGCAAUUGAGGGACUGAUGUGACCUUAUGUAAUAUUUUGAAAAUCCGAAAUCGAUCGAUGGUUAAUUUAUGUGGGAUUGAUGUAAUUUAAUUUUCGUAUCAAUUUAAGACAUGCAUGUUUAUGUAUUAUUUUGAACUUUAGAAUCAAUAUCAUAAUAUCUUUUCUAAUUUAUAUUAGAUGGUACUGGGCA